CCACGCUAGCGGCCUGUACCCGGGGAGCUUACAACCCGCGACUGCGUAUUUUCUGGUUUCCCGCUCACUUGAGGAUUUGACUUUUAAUCCUUUUGGCCCCCCCUCCUCGCCCCCCGGUGCUGUCUUCCCCUCAUCCUUUUCUACUGGCUUAUUUUAAGCUUCCUUUUUCCCUUUUCUUAAUCCAAUUCCCUUCUUUUCCAUCUUCUCUUUCUGUUCUACGGCGGAGGGCUUCAUCAACUGUCGCUCAACCGCCUGGCACCGCUGCAUAAGACGCUUGCAGGUGCUACUACUACUACAACACCAAAACACAACACAAUCCCGCGAUUGUCUCUUCGCGACCUUCCCUACUUAGAAUCGACACCCGAAUAAUACAAAAACAGCCUGCGCUUUCGAGUGCCCACAGGUUGUCAUCAUGGUCAUGCAAUAUGGCAUGAAUGCCAACUUCGACGCCACGGCGGCCACCCAGGGCGUCCCCAUCACCACGCCAGGUAGAGUCAACGAGGACGUCGAGGAGGAUGGCGUUGCUACCGGCCAGGGCAGCGAUGUCACCGACGAAAAGAUGGCCCGUCCUGGAGAGUUUGAAACCGCUGAGGGUGAAGCCAAGGAGAUGGAUCGCCGUCAGUCCGUCGUCCAGGCACUGGCUCGUUCUUACUCACGCGCUUCCGCCGCUGAGGGAGGCAAUCCUUUCCUUGCCGGCGAGGAUUCUCCUCUCAACCCAGCUUCGGCCAACUUUAGCGGUCGUGAAUGGGCCAAGGCUGUUGCUGCCAUGGUCCACGACAGCGGCUCCGACUUCCGCCAUGCUGGUGUCUGCUUCCAGAACCUCAAUGUCUACGGCUAUGGCGCCUCCACCGAUUACCAAAAGGAUGUCUUCAACGUCUGGCUUUCCCUCGCUGGCUCCGUCAGCGCCAAGCGCCAGCGUAUCGAUAUCUGCCGCGGAUUUGACGGCUUGGUCAACCAGGGCGAGAUGCUUGUUGUCCUCGGCCCUCCCGGUUCCGGCUGCUCUACCUUUCUCAAGACCAUUGCUGGUGAGAUGAACGGUAUCUUCGUUGAUGACGACUCCUACUUCAACUACCAAGGUAUGACCGCCAAGGAAAUGCACACCAACCACCGCGGUGAAGCCAUUUACACUGCCGAAGUCGAUGUCCACUUCCCUCAGCUCACCGUUGGCGAUACCCUCACUUUUGCUGCCAGAGCUCGUCAGCCUCGCACCUUGCCCGAGGGCCUCAAUAAGAUCGAGUUCGCCAACCACUUGCGCGAUGUCGUCAUGGCCAUGUUUGGCAUUUCUCACACUAUCAACACCCGUGUUGGUAACGAAUAUGUCCGUGGCGUGUCUGGUGGUGAGCGUAAGCGUGUUACCAUUUCUGAAGCCGCCCUUUCUGGCGCCCCUCUUCAGUGCUGGGAUAACUCUACCCGUGGUCUCGAUUCCGCCAACGCCAUUGAGUUCUGCAAGACCCUGCGCCUUCAGACCGAGCUUUUCAACAGCACCGCCUGUGUUUCCAUCUACCAGUCUCCCCAGAGUGCCUACGACCUCUUCGACAAAGCCGUUGUCCUCUACGAAGGUUACCAGAUUUUCUUUGGCCGUGCCGACGCUGCCAAGCAAUACUUUGUCAACCUGGGUUUCGAGUGCCCUGCCCGUCAGACUACUCCGGAUUUCUUGACCUCCAUGACCUCCCCUCUUGAGCGAAUCAUCCGACCUGGCUUCGAAGGCAAGACCCCCCGCACUCCCGAGGAAUUCUCCAAGGCCUGGAAGAACAGUGAGGAAUACAAGGCUCUCCAGAAGGAAAUCGAGGCGUACAAAGCUAGCCACCCCAUCAACGGUCCUGAUGCUGUUGCUUUCCGCGAAUCCAAGAAGGCCCAGCAGGCCAAGGGACAGCGCAAGAAGUCGCCCUUUACCCUGUCUUACUCUCAGCAAAUCAGACUCUGCCUCUGGCGUGGUUGGAAACGUCUUUCUGGUGACCCCAGUCUGACCAUUGGUGCUCUCAUCGGUAACUUCGCUAUGGCUCUCAUUGUGGGCAGUGUCUUCUUCAACUUGGGUGAGACUGCCGACAGUUUCUUCCAACGCGGUUCUCUUCUCUUCUUCGCCUGUCUUAUGAACGCCUUUGCCAGUGCUCUCGAAAUUCUUACCCUCUACGCCCAACGUCCCAUUGUUGAAAAACAUGCCCGAUAUGCCCUGUACCACCCGUCUGCCGAAGCCAUAUCCUCGAUGCUCUGCGAUUUGCCAUACAAGAUUGUAAACGGUAUCAUAUUCAACGUGGUCCUCUACUUCAUGACGAAUCUGCGCCGUGAGCCUGGAGCCUUCUUCUUCUUCUUGCUCAUCAGCUACGCUACCGUUCUCGUCAUGUCCAUGAUCUUCCGUACCAUUGGUUCCGCUUCCCGAACUCUCUUCCAGGCCCUUGUUCCGGCUGCUAUCCUCAUUCUUGCUUUGGUCGUCUUCACCGGAUUCGUCAUUCCUACCGGCUACAUGUUGGGAUGGUGCCGUUGGAUCGGAUACAUUGAUCCGCUUGCCUACUCAUUCGAGGCUCUCAUGGUCAACGAGUUCCACAACCGUGAAUUCCCCUGCACCAACUUUGUCCCACCCAAGGGCAGCUAUCCCGACAUUGAUGAUGCCGCUCGAAUUUGUCUCUCGGUCGGUGCUAAGCCUGGCUCCACCACGAUUUCUGGCGACCUCUACACUGAGACGUCCUUUGGCUACUACUGGGGAAACCGCUGGCGCGACUUUGGUAUUGUUAUCGCUUUCACCAUCUUCUUCCUUGGCUGCUACAUGUUCUUCGCCGAGUACGUUUCUGAGAAGAAGUCCAAGGGUGAAGUUCUUGUCUACCGCCGUGGCCACAAGCCCGCUGCCGCCGCCAUGGCUGAGAAGAAGCACGAUCCCGAGGCAGCCAUGGCAAACAUCGGACCCAUUGUUACCAACCAGCGCAGCAACACUGCCGGCAAGGGCGGAGGUAUCCUCCAGCAGCAGACCUCUGUCUUCCAAUGGCACGAUGUUUGCUACGAAGUCAAGAUCAAGAGCGAGACUCGCCGAAUUCUGGAUCACGUUGACGGUUGGGUUAAGCCUGGUACUCUGACUGCUCUCAUGGGUGUUUCUGGUGCUGGUAAAACCACUUUGCUUGAUUGUUUGGCUGAUCGUACUUCCAUGGGUGUCAUUACUGGUGAAAUGUUGGUUGACGGACGCCCCCGUGACAUGUCUUUCCAGCGCAAGACUGGCUAUGUUCAGCAGCAGGAUCUCCAUCUUCAGACCACCACUGUCCGUGAAGCAUUGAACUUUAGUGCUCUCCUCCGCCAACCUGCCCACAUCCCCAGAGCUGAGAAGCUCGCCUACGUCGACGAGGUUAUCAAGCUGCUUGACAUGGAAGAAUACGCUGACGCCGUUGUUGGUGUUCCCGGUGACGGUCUCAACGUUGAACAGCGCAAGCGUCUCACCAUUGCCGUCGAACUUGCCGCCAAGCCUCCUCUGUUGCUCUUUGUCGACGAGCCCACUUCUGGUCUCGACUCUCAAACUUCCUGGGCCAUUUUGGAUCUUCUUGAGAAGCUCACCAAGGCUGGCCAGGCCGUUCUCUGCACUAUCCACCAGCCGUCUGCCAUGCUCUUCCAGCGCUUCGAUCGUCUCCUCUUCCUUGCCAAGGGUGGCAAGACUGUCUACUUUGGCGAAAUUGGCGAGAACUCCAAGACCAUGACCAGCUACUUUGAGCGCAACGGCGGCCACGCCUGUCCUGAUGAAGCCAACCCUGCCGAAUGGAUGCUUGAAGUUAUUGGCGCUGCCCCCGGAUCCCACACUGACGUUGACUGGUUCAAGACUUGGCGCGAAAGCCCCGAGUACGCCGACGUUCAAGCCGAAUUGGAAAACAUCAAGGUUGAGAAGCAGGCAUCUACUCCCACCAGCUCGCUGGAGCAGGACCCCGGUAGCUACCGUGAAUUUGCCGCCCCCUUCUUUGUCCAGCUCCAGGAGAACCUUCACCGUGUCUUCCAGCAGUACUGGCGUAACCCCGUCUACAUCUACUCCAAGGCUGCUCUAUGCACGCUGGUCGCUCUCUUUAUUGGUUUCGUCUUCUUCCGCGCCCCCAACUCUAUCCAGGGUCUCCAGAACCAAAUGUUUGCCAUCUUCCAGCUCUUCACCGUCUUUGGUCAGAUUGUGCAGCAAACCAUGCCACAGUUUGUCAUCCAGCGAUCUCUGUACGAAGCCCGUGAACGUCCUUCUAAGGUCUACUCGUGGAAGGUGUUUAUGCUUUCUCAGAUCAUUGUCGAACUGCCCUGGAACUCGCUCAUGGCUGUCAUCAUGUUCUUCUGCUGGUACUACCCCGUCGGUCUCUACAACAACGCUAUUCCCGCCGACCAGGUUGCCGAACGUGGUGGUCUCAUGUUCCUUUACCUCUUGGUUUUCCUCCUCUUCACCAGCACCUUCUCAACCUUCAUCAUUGCUGGUUUCGAAACCGCCGAGGGUGGUGGCAACAUUGCUAACCUGAUGUUCACGCUGUGCCUGAUUUUCUGCGGUGUCCUUUCCACCAAGGACCAGCUUCCCGGCUUCUGGAGCUUUAUGCUUGUCGUCAGUCCCUUCCGAUACCUCGUAAGCGGUAUGCUGGCCACAGCUGUCGCCAACACAAAUGUUGUUUGCGCCGAAAACGAAAUCUUGCCCAUUCUCCUACCCUCUGGCAUGGGAACUUGCAAAGAGUACCUCUCCAGGCUCAUCAAUGGCACCACUGUCAAUGGCCACUUCUUCCCUGGCUCGCACGGCACCGUCGCCAACCCUGACGCUACAUUCACUGCUGAGGGCACGCACUGUCUCUACUGUUCCAUGGGAUCGACCAACAGCUACCUCGCGGGAGUCAACAGCUACUACGAGGACCGCUGGACCAACUUUGGUGUCAUCAUUGUCUACAUUGUCUUCAACAUCUUUGCCGCGCUCUUCGUCUACUGGCUCGCUCGUGUUCCCAAGAAGUCCACCGACCAGAAGCAAAACAAGAACAAGAAGAACGUCGAGGCCAAGACCGAGAACAAGGAGUAAAACAGCAAUGCAUAUUACUGAAAUAAAAAAGAUACAAAAGAAUACUAUAAAAAAGACUAUAGAGGGCACACAGCCUUGGGAAGAUUGAUAUUUUGCAGGUUGCAUACAUUCUUAGAGCACUGUUACAAACUCUCCCUAUUUACUGGUUUAAUCAUUGUACAUUUUAUUUAACCAUCGUUUAGCUUUUUUUCAUAUACAAAGUUUGUUUAUUCGUACUGUCCAUC